AUGCAACCUUUAAUACAAACCAUAAGUGUGCCCCCGGCAUUUUCAAAUAGUAAUACAAGUACAAUGAUAAAUCGUCACUUUUUGGGGGCGAAUAACAUUGCAAGCGUACACAGACGACCCAGAAGCGAAAAGAAACCCAUUCCAGAUGAUCAGAAGGACGAGAAAUAUUACGAAAGGCGUAAACGUAAUAAUCAAGCUGCGAAAAAAUCUCGUGACGCCCGAAAAAUACGAGAAGAUAACAUUGCAUUACGCGCAACUAUUUUGGAGCAUGAAAAUGCAAUUUUGAGGGCACAAGUGAUAACGCUUCGAGAGGAAGCACAAUGUCUGCGGCACAUGUUAAUAAAACAGCAAGCACCACCACUACAAUCUAUCAAUCGUACAGUUUCUUCUAUGACACCUGUUACAUUAUCACCUCCUCAUUCUACAGCAACUUUAGAUUACCAGAUUUGA